AUGAAGGGCAGCAAAGCGACCGGAGCGAAACUCAGGCCAAACUUGAUUGGCGAGAUCAUUUCCGUGGUGCGCCUGCGACAAGCGUUGGCGCUGCUGCUCGAUUACUACCCACACCUCACCGGGCGCUUGCAGAUAAAUGAGACGGACGGGACACCUGAGAUAUCUAGUCUAGGCACCGGAGCCCUCCUUCUCGAAGCAAAGUGCCCGGCACCUUUGGACGAAUUCUGCUCUCAACCAGACGUGACGGGCAGCAGCGCUAGCCGCAUCCUUGUGACAAAUCUUCCAGGGCGUGGCAACGCACUGCUUGCGCCUUUCGAUCCGUCCCUCGAGGGCGUUUGCCGGGAUCCCAUCUUUACCAUCCAGCACACUCGAUUCGCAUGCGGUGGCGUUACACUGGGUGUGCGGCUCCACCACAUCGUGUGCGACUCCGACGGCUUCUUCCAGUUCGUGCACGACUUAGCCGAAAUUUACCGCCAUCUUCGGGCUCCCGAGUUUAGGAACAAUGAAGACACUGGUUCAGGGACGCCCCUGCUAGCCCAUCCACCUUGCAUACGCUCAUACAUGGCGGAGCUGCGGGAUAUGACCCCCGAGGAGCGACAGGCGGCUCUCGCAUACCAGCCUUCAUGGCUCUACGUGGAGCCUAACAACGAGCACCAAGCAGAUGCACCCAUCACCGCUCCUCCACGAGCCCAACACCCCAUCACCGGCCGUGUUCUCCGCUUCUCAGGCCACGAGCUUGCCGAGCUCAAAGCCGCAGCGACCGACCCGUCCGGCCUUUCCUGGAUCUCCACUUUCGACGCGCUGACCGCGCACCUCUUCCAACAAAUCCAUCUCGCACGCCUCCAACUCUCAACCUCUCAGAAUGUCUCCCCUUCCGACGCGGAAUCAUCUCCUCCGUCUCGCGCCUUCCUCACCUCUGUCAACCUCCGCGGCCCCACCCGCCUUAACCUACCCCCUCGCUACUUUCCCAACGCCGUCGUGUGCCCGCACGGCAUCAUUGACGCCGCCGUCCUCGCCGCUCAGGCUCCGCUGUGGGAGGUUACGAAAGCGAUACACGACAUCACGCACUCCCGGGACAACAACGUAGAAGACAUCCGCCACACUCUGCGCUGGAUCGCGGCGCAGCCGGACAAACGGCGCGUGAAGGCGGCGGGGUUUGUCUACGGGACGGGCAGCUUCGUCGUGAGCCAGUGGUGCAAGUUCGGCAUGUACGCGGGGGCAGAGUUCGAGGUGCCACCCGCGCUGGUAGCGCCGCCUUUCACGCCGAUCUCGACGAUGGAUGGGUUGGCCUUCUUCUUAGCUACGGAGGAACUGGUGGGGAUGGAGCAUGGUGGUGGGGAGGGGCUGCCUCCGGCGAUUGACGUGAAUUUGACGUUGAGUGAGCCGGUUUGGAAGGUGCUGGAUCAGGAUACAGUGUUUAGACAGUUUGGCGACUUCUAA